AUGAACCGCACCCAAAGCCCUCUCAACAAUACCCGCAAGGGAGAGUAUGGGUUUUUGAGGCUCCGAGCUCGCGAGAAUGAAAUAUCAUGGAACGAUUUUAUCACGCUAUAUCACCGCGUAAACACGCUUCCAGCUUCUGGGUCAUCUGGUUGUGCUACCUUUGAGAGUGGGGAUGAUGCAUCCAGUGUCUCUUCGACUUCAGACAUGUCAGGGUCAGACAUGUCAAUCUCAAACGUUCUCCCUGUCAAAGCUCCUGGACUUCACGUCUAUGUUCCCAUUCGCACACAGACACUCAUCCUCACACGAAUCCAGGCCAUCUUGGAACAUGCCUGCUUUCGUUUCGCCCAAGAGGCUAUGCCAGACAUCCUUGAAGAGACGCAAUGGUCAUGCCCAGAAGCAGGAGAACUGAAUGCUUGGGCAUUCUACUUUAAGAAGCGCUGGGAGACUCUCCAGCAUCUCAGUCGUUGUCAAGCAACCAAGCAAAUUCGCCAUAUUGCGGUUCACCGACAACCUAUCACGACGGACCACUUGUCCUUGCUGAUGAGUCAUGCCGUCAACUUCUGCAUUUGCCUUCAUGUACCAAAAGCUCUGAGCAUGAUCCAUAAGAUUCGAAGUUCUGCCGAAGCUCAAAUCCAAAAGCUUGCGGACUGCAAAAAACACCUCGAACAAGAACUCAGCAUGGUUGCCUACGAGACUUCCAUGCCACGCAUGGAAAUUUGGGCACUUGAGCAGCAAAAAAUGCAAGAAGCCUGCAAGAAGUUUGAGAAAAAGAGAGUGGUUAUCUUCAAGAAGGUUGAAAAGCUGCUCCUCUCCAGGGAGGUGGCGUGGUUUACCUUGGAAGAUGAUGAGGAUGAAGAUGAAGAAGACGAUGACGAAGAGUAA